UCCAGGAAGGCAGCGGCCGUUUCCCCCUAUGUCAGGUGGCUGGGCCGCUAUUCCACAUUCCAUCAGGGAGGAGCGCAGGCCCAGCUGGCGCUGCCGGUGGCUCUUCGGCGCUGCCGGGGCCGGCCUUUAUUUCGCGGCGGGAUAUUGUGCAAUAAGGACUGGGUGAGGCGCCUUGGCAGCAGUUCUGAAAAAUCUCUGCCUAUUCUGAGGAUGAAGUGUUCAAAGUCGGGUGGCUUCUUUGUUUCUAACAGUUGGCCCAGAGGAAUUCUGAUAGUUCUGCGUGUAGAACUUCACCUUGCAUUUGUUCUCCCCGUUUCUCUCCUUGUGCAGUCAAUGCAGCUUUGUGCAGAGAAGUACCCUGCCUUUGGGUAGUAUCACAGAGCUAUAGGCUGAAUUUAAAGAAUUUGGAUGGAAAUGAGAGACCUCCUGGAUUGUUUCUGUUGCACAAGCAAAUCUCCUGUGCCUGCCAUGUCCCUUCCAGCAAGAUGGCACUUGCCACGUACUUAUGUUGCUGAGCACUGCAGUACUCCGCGUUCAAAGGGAAUAUGUGCCUCUUGCACCGAAGGAAGAGAUUACACUGCCCAUGCGAAUGGCUUGGAAGAAUGCUUGCUGUGCAGACAGUGCAAAGACGACCAGAUAACUUCAAGAACCUGUACUGUGACGAGUGACACUGAAUGCCAAUGCAAACAGGGAUACUUCUGCCCUGCUGAAGGCUGUGAAAUAUGUCAGAAAUGCAGUCGAAUGUGUCCAGAAGGGAAAAAAAUUGUGCAGAUCUGCAAUGCUACAAUGGACCUAGGAUGUGGCUUACCUGACCAAGGAAAUAAACAUCUUACUUGGAUGACUGUAAUAAUUUUGGUUGCUGUUUUUUCUGCUGGUUUGCUUGUGUUCUACGGAAUAAGGAAGUGUAAGAGUGGUAAAGCCAUUUUCUCUGACAAAGAAGAGAAGAGUCUGGCAUAUGAAGAUAAUACGCUUUUAUCAGAAGUGAAGAUAACUGAAAAUAAUGCAUCCCAUCCAGACAGUGAGAACUCUGGUGAGAACCCAGAGGGCCAAGCGUACGAUAAUGUUAAUUUGGAAGUGAAAAACACAUCUCCAGAGGAAAACAAUGCUGUGUCUUAUGAGAGAGGCACCAUCUCACAGAAGAACUUGUGGUACCAAACACAAGAAUGUUGGAAGAGGAUCAAAAACUGGUCAUCAUCUACAAAAAAUAGUUGUAAUCCUACUUUUCAACCAAAUGCCCAGUGUACAGUAAGGGGUGUUAAGAUGCCAGCAUAUCGUAUGGUACAAAAGCAAAAAUGUCAAAUAAUCGUUAAAGAUCUGACUCAAAAAGAACAGAUGGAUUGCUUUUUUGCUUUUAUUAAUACAGUACCGGUGAAAAAAUGGAGGAAGCUUAUGAGAACUCAUCUGGAGGAAAAUGUUAUUGAUAAAAUUGAAUAUAAGUGGCCUAAUAACACAGAUGAGCAAUCUUAUCAGAUGCUUCUCACCUGGAAAAACAUGCUGGGGGAGAAACAAACUAUUAUUAAGUUACUGGAUGAGCUAAGGGAUAUAGAUACCAGGGCUUACAGUAAAAUAGUCCACACUUUAACAAGUAAUAACAUUAUAAGUAAAAUAGAAGCUACAGCUUAACAUUUCCAAUGAAUUUCAGAAAUGUUCCUGUAUGUAUAUAGGAAGCUUGUAUAAGUGAGGAUGUCGUAAGCUGCAGGUAACAGUGGCUGUGCGGAUGUGAUGCCCUUCUUAUCUGCACGCGGGCUGGAAGUCAUUUAACACAGACUGUGCUGAGUUGUGACAAGACUCCAGCAGCAAUAUUUGCUUUAUUUUAUUUGAUUUGGGUUUUUUUGAGUAGUACAAUGUGAAAACUCAGGUGCCAGUGGCAAUUUAGGAGCUCUGAGCUUCUGAGUUUGCCUUUCCUUUGUGAAGCUGUGAGGAAAGAAGCUACCUUUAUUGCGCUCUGUGGAGCUGAGAACACCUGUUGCAGUUUUUGACUGAACUGCCUUAUUUUUGUUUACGAGAUAAUCGCAUUUCAUUUGUGGUGGGAGCACGUGGCAUGCGAAAUGUUCAAAGUACGGCAAUAAAAACUCACUGAAGACAAA